UAUUUAUUAUUUUAAGAGUCCAUGAGUUUUCCAAGCACAGCCAAUCUCUUGAGAGGACUGAACAGGUGGCCCUAAGGCAGCAGCACGCUGCGUUUGUGAGUGUGCGUGUGUGUGUCUUUAAAGAAACAUGCCAAGAAAACGGGUAUUAGAAAAAGACGACGUUCUGAAAGUAAAGCGGACGAAAGUUAGCCAUCCAUCACACCAAAGUGAGCCAGGACUGGUGUUGACCCUGGGACAAGGUGAUCUUGGACAGUUGGGCCUUGGACCAGAUGUGCUGGCACGGAAGAGGCCUGCCCUGGUGCAGCUCCCUGAGAAAAUCAUCCAGGCUGAGGCUGGAGGGGUUCAUACAGUGUGUCUCAGCGAAACAGGCCAAAUCUACACCUUUGGCUGCAAUGACGAGGGGGCCCUGGGGAGGGACACUUCAGAGGAAGGGUCUGACUCUGUGCCGGGCUUGGUCGAUCUGAAGGAGAAGGUGGUGCAGGUGUCUGCUGGGGACAGUCACACAGCAGCCUUGACAGAAGACGGGCACGUCUUCAUUUGGGGCGCUUUCCGGGAUGAAAACGGUGUUAUUGGCUUAUUGGCUCCCCUGAAAGGUGAAGAUGGUUUGGAGUCCGCCAGCGGCAGCUUGUUCCCAGUGGAACUGCAGCUGGAUGUCCCAAUUGUUAAAAUUGCCUCUGGGAGCCAUCACUUAGCCCUAGUGUCCAGUGUGGGCAACCUUUACACCUGUGGAUGUGGAGACAAUGGCCAGCUAGGACGUGUGCCCCAAAUUUUUGUGGUCCGAGGAGGAAGACGGGGUUUGGAGCGGCUGUUGCUCCCCCAAGUGGUCACCAUAAAGCAGAGAGGCUGUAAGACCAAAGGGAACAUCAAGGAUGUCUUCUGUGGCUCUUACUCCACAAUUGCCAUCACCCAGGAGGGACAUGUUGUUGGGUUUGGCCUCUCCAAUUAUUACCAGUUGGGUUCCCAAGAAAUUGAGACCUAUUAUUCUCCAAAGAUUCUGACAGCAUUUAAGAAUUCCACCCGAUCAUGGGUUGGGUUCUCUGCCGGGCAGCAUCACACUGUGUGUCUGGAUUCAGAAGGCACUGUGUAUAGUCUUGGGCGAGCAGACUAUGGCAUGUUGGGCCUUGGAAAAGGAGUUGGCGAGAAGAACUCUCCUACCGCCAUCCCUGGGUUGCCCAAAUCAUCUUCGGUGGCCUGUGGGGAACGGGUUGGCUGUGCGGUGACAGAAGACGGCCGUGCCUUUGGUUGGGGCAUGGGGUCAAACCUCCAGCUUGCCACAGGAGAUGAAGAGGAUGUCUGGAGCCCUGUGCAGAUGUCUGGCCAGCAGCUGGAGAACCGCAGGGUUCUCUCCGUGACAGCAGGAGGGCAGCACACCGUCUUACUCGUCAAGGACCAGCAGAGCUGACAGUCUGUUCCUGCAGUUCCACCAGGAACCCUCCAGGGGGCACUCCCUGUCUGAGUCUUUUGGGGCCACGUUUUGAAGACUGCCUUUCUGUGUGAAAAACUUUCCAAAGUUCCUUUGGAGAAGAAAAUUAGCUGAGAUAAAAUACUCUUCUGAAUGCUGGAAUUUGUUUAAAUCCAAAGCGGCUUAUCUCGUAUCAAAUUGGGAAUGGAGAAAAGCCUUCCCACCUUUUUAAAAAAAAUCAAUGUCUAAAAAUCUCCUUCCUACCAUUUUUACUUUCACUAGCUUUUUUUUCAUGCUUUUAUCAAUCAUUUCAGAAUCUUUUGGAAUUCACCCCAGUUCUGUUCACCACCAGGUUGGGGACUUCACCUCUGCUACAUUCUUAGCUAUUUAUUCUUCCCUUUUAAAACUUUUUACCCAUCACAAAGCUUGCAUCCAUGUGGGGAGCUGUGGCCUUCAGUUUAAGUGCAGCAAAGCUGCUAUGCCUUUCACCGCAUUUCCUCUUUCUGUCUGAAGCAGAGCGAGUCGGAAUGACACCAAAAGCCUUUAGUUGAGGGGGGGCAGUUUCUUCCACCAAGGUAACUUCUUAAAGAUUCAGGGUUAUGUAGGCAGACUACAGCCUCCAUCACCUCCAGCCAAUACACUCCAGGGACAGGUGGGUUGCAAGGGAUGAGCAAUGUAGAUAAGCACAUCUUCCAGUUGGAUGCCUUAGCAAAAGGAUGCAAUUUGGGUCUCUUUUCCCUUAUUUCAGGAAGGAGUGGCUUUAUCCUAGCAGGGAAACUGAAUUCCCCAAUCUUGUAGUUGUGGUUGGGGGAGAAACAGGGUUCUUAAGUGGAGAGUGGGCAGAAGGUAUCUCCUUUUGAAUAGGUUCUUCAGGGUCUCCUUAGGAGCUCUUACUGCGACUCCAGCUGAUGCAACUGCUGAUCUCCUGAACUGUUGGAUCUGAGCAGAGACUUCCAGUGUCACCGUGCUGCCUGGGACAUCCACAAAUCCUGUUUCCCAUAUUUAAAGUGACACCUCUGGUUAUUUUUUCCUGGAAAAAUUAGACCCUUGAAUCUAGGAGACCAAAUCCAAGUUCUCUUGGGUGUUCCUUCAUUACCUGCCUUGCGUGAAUAGCAGAUUGAUUUCUCCAAAUUUUCCAUUUGGGUGCCAUGCUUUUAAAUAGCAUUUUCAUUUAGCCUGACAGAUAUGUAAUUGCUUGUUCCAAGGACCUGCUUGUCAACUGAAAUCCUCAACAAAGCUGAAGCAGUAAAACCAGCCAAAGAAAAGCCAUUUUUAUCAUGGGAAGUAAGAGUGAGAUGGAGAUGUUUUGCCAUGCCCUUUGAAAUGCCAGCUGUGUUCUGUCAUCUCUCGCAGCCAAAAUUUAGAAUAAUUUGUACUGUUCUAGAAAAGGGUAUGUUUUUAAAAUAUGGCGUUCCUGCAGUCUCAGGAAGCCAGGGGAGGGGGAAAUUGGAGAGGUAAGGAAAGUAAAAAACUGUAUCUUUGGUAGCAUUUGCACCAAAUAGGUACAAAUCUGUGAAAUCCUAACGUUUAAAAUAAAUUUGAAUUUUGAUA